AUGCCAAAACGUCUUGAUGGGUUUCAUAUUAUGAUUGUGUCCAAGUACUUUGAUCAAAUACACGACUUUUUUACACUUGAGACUGUUUGUCGAAAGUUCAUGGGAAACAUCACAAAGUUUCAUUUCAACCCGAUUCCUCUUACACCAAAAACACUGAAGUAUUUUCCACGAAUCGAAACUCUCAACAUAUGGUCAAAAGACGAAGAAGCUUUUAUGAACAAAGUUUGGGACGACUCUCUUGUGACCCCCAAUAUUUCCAAAGUGAAUUUCUUCCGCGUGGUGAUUUGGUACGAAGUCGAUUACAAAACGUCCGUUAUAAAGAAGUCUUCGAAUUUUGUUUUCAAGAACAUUGUCUAUGGGGAGGGUGACCGCUUGAAAUAUGGCGAUGUUGUUCCACUUGGAAUUGCAACUGUUGGAGAAGACGCGUUUUAUGGGCAUGUUACACUCGAUAACAUCAAAAUCCCUGAAAGUGUUUCUGAACUUGGGGAGUGCUGUUUUUCAAAUUGCUCGAACUUGAGGGAAAUAGAGUUGCCAAACAGCGUCAUUGUGUUGUGUGGAUUUUGUUUUCAAAAUUGUUAUAAACUCAAAGACAUAAGGCUGCCAUUGAACAUCACAUCAAUUGAAGAGAGUUGUUUUGAACACUGUGCAUUACUCGAAGAAAUUCGAAUUCCCAGUGGCGUAUCAAAACUUAAAAAGAAGUGCUUUUAUGGAUGUAGUAAACUCAAUUUGAUUGAAAUGUCAAAUUGUGUGACCUAUAUUGGAAAUGAAUGCUUUAAAAUGUGUAGAAACCUCAGUUUAAUUACUUUGCCAGCAAACUUAAAAGACCUUCAAUUGAACACUAUUUUCGAGGUUUAUAAUAAAUUCAUUGUUUACUCGUUUAUUUAUCGUU